UGUUUUCAUACCCAUGAACCAAACACCCUUUAAUCUGCUGAAAUGGGAGAAAACGUCUUACGUCUGCCCGAACCCGAAGUGGUCAAUCUUCCAACUCUUUUUGAGCUCAGCAAUGGCGAAAGUGCGAAUGAUAGAUAUAGCCGUUAACUUCACAGAUGGAAUGUUCAAAGGGAUCUACAAUGGCAAGCAAUGCCACGUAUCGGAUAUAGCCUCGGUUUUAAGCAGGGCUUGGAGUGCCGGCGUCGACCGAAUCAUCGUGACUGGUGGGUCACUUGAAGAAUCAAAGGAAGCUCUUGCAAUUGCAGAAACGGAUGGGAGGCUCUUUUGUACGGUUGGUGUGCACCCAACAAGAUGCAAGGAGUUUGAAGAAAAUGGGGAUCCAGAAAAACAUUUUCAGGCUCUUUUGUCAUUGGCCAAAGAGGGGAUUGAGAAGGGGAAGGUGGUCGCAAUUGGUGAAUGUGGAUUGGACUAUGACAGGCUUCACUUCUGCCCGGCAGAGAUUCAAAAGAAGUAUUUUGAGAAGCAGUUCGAAUUGGCAUAUACUACAAAGCUGCCCAUGUUUCUUCAUAUGCGUGCAGCUGCUGAAGAUUUCUGUGAAAUUCUAGAGAAAAAUAAGUUUAGGUUUAGUGCUGGAGUCACCCACUCAUUUACCGGUAGUGCAGAAGAUCGUGACAAGCUUCUUUCAUUCAGUGAUAUGUAUAUAGGAGUAAAUGGUUGCUCUCUGAAGACAACUGAGAAUCUUGAGGUUGUGAGGGGCAUUCCUAUGGAGAGAAUGAUGAUCGAGACAGAUUCUCCAUAUUGUGAAAUCAAGAAUACUCAUGCUGGGAUUAGUUUUGUAAAAUCUGUCUGGCCCUCUAAGAAAAAAGAAAAGUAUGAUCAGGAGUGCAUUGUGAAAGGCCGCAAUGAACCCUGUUUAGUUCGGCAAGUUCUGGAGGUGGUGGCUGGUUGUAAAGGUGUCCUGGAUUUAGAUCAGUUCAGCAGGACGUUGUACCACAACACAUGCAGGGUUUUCUUUCCUCAUGACUUGGAUUCUGCGGCAGAUGCUAUCCUUGCUGGUGGUGAUGAUUCUAAUAAGUGAAGCAACUUCUUAGGUUAUUAGGAGACUAUGCUGAGAUCAUAUUUCUUCAUGACAAAGACUGGUCAGUUCCUCUACUCCUCCACUCUACUGAGAAAGCAACAAGUCUCAGACUCUCCGGUAAUAUUCUGAAUAUUGAAAAGGAAUUUCUUGGAUGGGGAUCUGUCAUGAGAGUUACACCUAAAUUUGUAUACUAUUUGCUAACUACCUUGAGUUUUGGAAUUCAGAAUACCGAAGCUUUCAAUCUUUUCAUUGUCUACCAAACUGUUAAAAAGGUUAGAUAUAUUCUGAAAUUGUAAUGGUUGCAGUGCAAAGUGCUCAUGAUCAUUGUUCUUGCGAACAAGAUAUCUGUGCUUGACCCAGGUUGUCAUAUUAUUAUCUCCACCUGUGAAUGAGUUUUGUGAUUUA